UUAUCUUGGCCAGGUCACAAUUGUAAAUGAGAACUUGUUCGCACCUGGCCUACCUGGUUGAAUAAAGGCGGAGAGAAAAAAAAGAAGAAAAAAUGUCCAUAUAGUCUGUUGAGGGAGACGUUACAGAAGGUGGGAAAGUAUCUUUGGAUGUGAUGCAGAGACGAUUAAGUGAAUUAAUAACGUUUUUGGUGACACAGCUUUGAAAUCAGCAUAUUUUGCAUAAUGAUUUGCAUUAUAUCACAAACAAAGUGCUAGGGUUGUGAAUUGUUUGAUGUUAGCUUCAGCUGUAAGCUAGCAACGAAAGUUAACCUACAAUUACAACUGGAAGCUACCGGUAUCAUCUUGCAUUGUAUUAGGAUUCUAGCCUGUAUGGACAUUGUUUUGUGAACAGUUUCAACAUUUCUACAUGCCGUGUUGCAUUAUUCAAGUGUGGUAACUUCUGUGCAGCAUAAGUGGGGAACUAGCAAUGAGUAAAUGGAGCAGGUAAGAGGCAUGAACUGUGCGCUCACUGCAGAAGGGGACAUUGGCUGCGCUGAUAGACUUCAUCCUCUCAAUCAUUAUACGACGUGAGACACAUUUGACAGAAGUACAGAAAGUAACAAAUUCUAGUACCGAACCGUUUUUCCAUGUUCUAGUAUCGAAGUUUCAGUAUACUGUGCAACACUACAGAGGUACAACCAAAGAGGGUGACCAACCAAUGAGCAUUCUCAUUGGUUGAGCAUUCUGUUCGAAUUGGGUAAGCUGCUCAAUAUGUCAUUCAAUAACAGUCAAUCCCUCCUAUCAAUAUCUAGUGGCAGGUGAAUUGACACUGCACUGUUUGCUUAUCAUGAAAGUAAUGCAAUAGUUUUUGGUCCAGACCAGCAGACUCCUCUGUUUAUGUUCCUUUCAGGAUGUCCAAAAUUGAGCGUCUGAAUGCCCGUGUGGCGAAGCUGCUGACGGUGGCAGUGCAUGAGGUUCUGGAGGUGGUGAAAGAGACUGUGUCAGAAUACCAGGAGAAAACAGCCAGAACUCAAAGAGAGAAUGAGAGUCUGAGGAGAAGACUGCAGGAAAUGCAGGACAAGAUGAAGAGAGAGAACACAGCUGCUCAACUUGCAACAUUUCCUGCGACUGGUGGCCGUGGAAGAGCGGCCAUCGAGAAACCGUCAGAGCAGGGUUGGAGCCCUAGUCUGAGGCAGGACAGCCCAGAGCCCACAAAGGUAGAUGAGAAACCAGCGCUCACUUUCGAACAGACUGUGAGACUAAGGCAGGAGGAGGAGGAGUACAAUGCACUGGAGCUGGAUCAAACAGCACACUAUGAGACAGAAUGUAACUUUACCUUAACCUUACCCGGGCAUCACGAGGUGGCACGGCAAUCAGAUGAAGCCGUCUCGGUCCACGUGCCUCAGGGUGUGAAAAAUGACUUGCACUCAGACUUGAAUAGCACUUCACAGGGAAACACCCAGCUUGGCAUCAAUCUGACUGUUAUCAAGACGGAACCCGAGCCCACCGAGUGCUCAGCACCCGAACCUUUGACUAUCCCGGAGACCUUUGAUUGUGUCGAUUUAAGCUGCAAUUCCACACGCUACGACCCAACAACGAAUGCUCACAAGUCUCAUGUGAGCACUGGACCAUAUAACGAACUCGUAUUCGUCCACUCGAGUCACAACAGCGUCGGGAGGAGGUUUGGGUUUGGGAAAAACAGCAGGGACGGGAGGAAACACCAUAGGCAACACUUCAGAAGGGAUGAGCCGCACAGCUGCUUUGUGUGCGGCAAGACGUUCAGCCGGGUGGGGAACCUGCGUAUCCACCAGCGCUGUCACACGGGCGAGAAACCCUACUGCUGCCUUCAGUGCGGCCGGUGUUUCAGUCAGGCCGGGGACCUCAAAAAGCACAAAAGGGUACACACAGGGGAGAAGCCAUACUAUUGUGGCCAGUGCGGCAAGAGCUUCAGCCGUGGGGAGAACCUAAAGAGGCAUCAGAAGAUUCACAUCGGAGAGACCUUACACCUGCAGCAGGCAUGGAGAGAUCAACAGUCAAACUAGGCGUUCAAAGCAAUCUUUUGAGAAAAAAACUAUAUAAAUGCACAUGCAGUGCGUGGUACUGAAAUUAACAUGAGAUCUGCAGUGCUGAAAAAGUAAAGUGACUGGGUCAUACUCAUGGGUGGAUUGGCUGUAUUAUUCAGGUUAUCGAUUUAGUCAAUGGGUAACAUGUAUUUUGACCAUUAGUGGAUGGCAUACCUUUGAUCCACUGGAGUGUUCAUUAUUCAAUAGGCAAACCUCUUAUCACUGGCUUUUGAAUAAGAGAGUGCGGUGUAAGCAACAAAAUAAUAAUUUUGUACACUGAAACAUUUAUCUCCUCUGUACACAUACAGGAAAGACUUGGAUGUUGUGUGACAAAUUGAGCAUUACAACAUUGUGUUCAUGAUGAUUAAAGAGAGAAGUGCGCAAACUGA